AUGACCGAAGUACCGAGAAGUGAAACAGCAGGGAACAAGAGCAAUGACAGCCGGCUUCAACGGCUUUCAAGCGAGUACCUCAAGCCGAAUAUAGGGUUACUCUACCUGCUAAUAUCGAACUUGUUCAACAGCGUUAUGGUUGUUUCCACUAAGUUACUGGAAACAGAUCCGGAGUUAGAAGAGCCGAUCACACCCUUGCAGAUAUUGGUGGUUCGCAUGUUCAUCACGUAUAUUGGUACCCUGAUUUACAUGCUCUACAACCGCGAUCGCAUCGAUCAUGUUCCCUGGGGCCCCCCUGAUAUGCGUAAAUGGCUGAUCCUGAGGGGCUGCACGGGAUUUUUUGGAGUCUUUGGGAUGUACUAUUCGCUGAUGUAUCUGUCAGUCCCAGACGCAACGAUAAUAACAUUCCUGGGUCCAUCAUUCACGGGCUUAUUGGCGUGGGCGAUUUUGCGAGAGCGCUAUUCCAAAGUGGAAGCUACGGGCGCUUUGGUGUCUCUCAUGGGCGUGAUACUGAUAGUUCGGCCUUCGUUCCUGUUCGGAAGUUCCGCCACGGACGACUCGGGCGGAACUGCAGAGUCUCGCGACCCGCAUGCCCGCCUUGUUGCCACAAUAGUUGCACUGGUUGGUGUUAUUGGAGCCUCGAACGUCUAUAUCAUCAUAAGAUAUAUCGGCCAAAGGGCGCACGCAAUAAUGAGCGUAUCAUAUUUUGCACUCAUAGCGUGUUGCGUAUCCUUGGUUGGUAUAUGCGUCAUACCUUCAAUGGGUUUUCAAAUUCCGCAGACUUCUAAACAAUGGUUUCUAUUCACGCUAAUAGGAUUCUCUGGGUUCUUUAUGCAGCUGUUGUUGACUAUGGGUAUCCAAAGGGAGCGUGCUGGCAGAGGAGCAAUCAUGUCUUAUUCCCAAAUCAUUUAUGCGAUCUUCUGGGACGUCUUUAUAUGGCACCACCUGCCUGGGCUGUGGUCUUGGUGUGGUAUCAUUGUUAUCUUGGGGUCUGCGAUUUGGGUUGUAAAGUGUAAACCGAAGUCAGAGUUCAUAGCUACUGCUACCACUGACCAGGAAAGCCAAGUGAUACAGAUGGAGGAUUUCGAAAUACAUGAUGACGAAGAUGACAUUAAAUGA